CACUGCUCACUGACACACUGCUCACUGACUUCCACUGACACACUUACUGACACACUGCUCACUGACACACUCGCGCACCUGUGUUGUCGAGCCUGUAGAGAGAGAGAGUCCAUCACUCUCCGCCGCUCACCCGCGGGUCUCACCGAGUGACUCAGAUAAAACAAAAAGGUCGGAUAUCACCUCGUCCACCUCGUCCACCUCCUCCGCCUCGUUCAUUCAAAGUCGCCGCGACUUCCACCCGCGGCCGAUAUGGAAAACAGCGGCCCACGGCGGGACAGCUGUGGCAACAACAGCAGCAGUAGCAGCAACAACAGCAGCAGCAGCAGCCCACGGGGAGACCCGCGAGAAUUGGGGGUCGCCCCGGGGGUGGACCUUGGGGGGGAGCGCGGAUGUGACGCGGCGGGGGGCGCGGAGGACCCCCCCCUGUACGUGCAGCAGCUGUACAGGCUGCUGGGCCAGGCCGAGGCGGACACUUUCCUGUUCCCACGAUUGAAGUCGAGCGAGCAGCGAACUCCCAAAGGGACCCCCGCCGAGGGGACCCGGAAGGUCCCAGAGCGCGGCGCGCGAGCCGAGCGCGCGUGGCAGGCGAUGUGCGACCGCUCCCGACUCCGCUUCGAGCAACUCCAGCUCCACACAGCCCCUGUGCACCUGUCGGAGGAGCUGUCCGCGGUGCUGAUCUCCAGACUCCGCCAGCAGGAGGCGCAGCGGCGCUCGCGCCUUCUCCUCCUGCAGGGCGCCAACUGGGACAGGCAAUGCAGGGGGGCGGGGGUCCUGGGCCGAGACCCCCGCCGGGACCCCUGCGGCGGGGGGUUCAGUCCCGCCUGGUUCCUCCUCCCGGCGAUCGGCGAGCAGCAGAGGCAGCAGGCCAUCUGUCAAACGCACGCCGGUGACCGUGGCCUCAAUCCCCCCACAAGGGUGGGGGGCGGGGGCCCUGCGGGGACCCAUGGGGAAGGGAAGCGCCCCAGGGUUCGCUACAGAUUCCUCUCGGAGACAACAAACAACACCCCCAUGAUGGGGGGCCGCGCCGGUAGCAAGGGGACCGCAAGUUGGGGGGCACGGUACCCCCGGAAGAAAGUCGGCACUCACACCGAGGAAUCGCCGCCGAAACCCUCGUCGAUCCCCGCGCAGGACCCCUCUGGGGACCCCUGCGGAGACCCCCGGCAAGCGGGAGACCUGUGGGAGCCGCUGUCCCUGCCCGCGCUCGAGGCGCACGGCCGCGUGGUGCGGGCGCUGGGGCGCGGCGCGUUCCGGAACGGCGCGGCGCGCGUGUGGCUCGUGGACGAGGCAGCCGGCUCGGUCGGCGCUCGCCGCUUCUCCUGAAUGCCGUUACGCGGCAAGUCCUCGCUUAGCGCGGUAGAUGCGUUCCUAAAAAGUGUCGCGUCAAGCGGGGGGAAAACACGAUUCCCCAUAAAUAAUGUAGCGAUAACGUUCGGCGAGAAACGACGUACAACUACGCACACACGCAGCGAGAUGGCGUGACAAAUACCUGAGGGUUUGCCGCCGCAUUACUGUAUCAUUCUGCGUGUUGUAUCGUACCGCUCAGCCGCGCAGCUAAAGAAAGUAGUUCGUUGUCGACUACUCAUAAACCGCGUUAGAAAAGGCGCGUUCCGCGUUAUAAUGGUGCGCGUUCGGCGUUGUGGGAAAGCGUUUCCUAAUUGAAGAACCGCAUUGUAGCAAGGACGCAUUGUGUGAACACCGUGCGUUAAGCAAGGACUUACCUAUAUCACCUGAAAGUUAAAGUUACAGACUUGUUUACGCCACGCUCGGGUGUCCUUAUACUCAGAGGCGCGGGAAACUACAGACGAGCGGGAAAGGCAGCCAGAAUCGGUGCUACGAACAAUCGCCCAAGCUCUGUGAUCCUACAUUUGGAUGUUUGGCCAACUCCGUUAAUGCGUGGUGAUACCACACGGGAAGAGAGCCGAGUGCCUAGAGUAGGCCCAGGGGAGUGAUGCUCAAUCACAGAUGGAGACAGACGGAGAUGAAUCCGCUUGGUGUACCGCCUUGCCUGACGAGCCAGGGCAUGGGCACAUCCUCGACGUGCACAGGAAGGGAGUUGCACAGCCCAUCUGUGUGUGAUCCACCAACCCCCGCUGCUGUUUCCACAAGUGCUGGACUACAAGGCAGCCGCGUGCAGCAGCGGAGCCACCGCCCUGCGUGGGUUCCAGUUUUGCGAAGGUUUAUUAAAUCAUGUGAAGAUAUACGUUGUGAAAAAUCGAUCAUGUACUAUAAGGAAUCAAACGUAGCAGUAAAUAUCACGCCAGCUAGAGGCUGGCCACGUGGCUCAGUAAAUAUGAACAAGGCCCCUCCCGUGCCGCCCGUGUGCCAGGUCGCGUCUCUCCUGCACCGCCAUGGAUAAUUAAACUCGCUCACACUCGU